AUGCUUCUCAAACAAAAAUCGCAACAAUAUAUAAGUCAGUUUACUGAGGAUCCAAUUUUGGCCCAGGAGUCAUUUGUUCUAAUUGCUCCUUUUAAUUCUUAUCGUCAUGAAGCUCAUGACAUCGCUCAAAAAAUUUUAUCACAUUUUUCCGUCCACCUAGAGAGUUUUUCGAAUGCACCAAGACGUAGUGGACAUUUGAUGUCCAUCCCUUACCAUCUAAUAUAUCUUCUUCAACGAUUCAAAUGUAUCAAAAUAUCAUUCGAUGAUUUUGAACAAUUCGCUAUAGACAUGGAAUACUUGAUGAACUUUCAGGCUGACGUGCUUUCAAUGAUUAAAAAAACAAAUAAGAAAGAAAAGGGAAAACCAAACUUUACCUUCAUCACCCAAAUCCCCAUGACAAACAUCUUAUUUUCAUAUUUGGAAUAG